UCCUUCUCAAUUUUGCAAUUGUUUUGUUAGACUGUUGCCAUAUACAUGUAGGUUAGAGACAAAAUGUUAACAUUAGACUUCCUCGAUGAUGUCCGGCGAAUGAAUAAGCGUCAGCUUUACUAUCAGGUGCUGAAUUUUGGAAUGAUUGUAUCUUCAGCCUUAAUGAUCUGGAAAGGCUUGAUGGUUGUAACUGGAAGCGAAAGCCCAAUUGUGGUUGUUCUCAGUGGAAGCAUGAAACCUGCAUUUUACAGAGGAGACCUCCUCUUUCUAACAAAUUGUGUUGAAGAUCCAAUCAGAGUGGGAGAAAUUGUUGUGUUCAGGAUUGAGGGACGAGAAAUUCCUAUUGUACACAGAGUCCUAAAAAUUCAUGAGAAUGAAAAUGGUGACAUCAAAUUCUUAACGAAAGGUGACAAUAAUUCUGUGGAUGACAGAGGCCUUUACAAGCAGGGCCAGCACUGGCUGGAGAAGAAAGAUGUGGUGGGCAGAGCAAAAGGGUUUGUGCCUUACAUUGGAAUUGUCACAAUUUUGAUGAAUGACUAUCCCAAAUUUAAGUAUGCUGUACUGUGCUUGCUUGGACUGUUUGUGUUGGUGCAUAGAGAGUGAAGAGUAAAAGUCAGUCAAACCAUGGAACACAUCCCUCUGGUGAC